UAGAUCAUUGAAACCAAGUAGCAAUUCUCUGUUAUACAUUGAUGAUAUAUUUCUGUAGUAACAUAUAUAUAUAUAUAUAGUUAUUUAUUAUGGAGUUUGAAGAAGGUAUAAGAUCGAGAAAGCAAGUUCUGAAACCUAUUAAGACGAAAGUUGAAAACAGAGGAAAAAAAGACGAAGGGUACUACUGGGACGAUGAUAAGAAGACAUUAUUAGAGGAGCCAGUCAGCCCAGCAGGGCGUCUUUUUUGUGAACCAAACUUUAAUGUCCAUAUCUUAGCCAUCAUGGGCAUCAAGAUCAAGAUUGAUUUGGAGUAUGCCAAACAAAAAUUGGUCCAAACUCUGCUGAAGCACCCCCGUUUCUCUAGUUUGCAGGUUGUGGAUGAGAAUGGAGGAAAGAUGAAGUGGGUUAGAACAGAAGUUGACAUCGAGAGGCACGUAAUCGUACCCAAAAUCGAGCCAAACAUGGAGAUAAACCCAGACAAGUUGGUGGAAAAUUACAUCUAUGAGCUCACAAAAACCAACCUCCUGGUGGACAGGUCGAAACCACUGUGGGAGAUGCACAUCCUAAACCUGAAGACAAACGACGAGGAAGGAGUUGUCGUUUUCAGGAUCCACCACUCACUGGGGGACGGCACAUCUCUGGUGUCCCUUCUCCUGGCUUGCACCCGCCAAAUCGACAACCCAGAGGCCGUACCAACUCUUCCCCCCAAGAAGCCAAAAGAGAUUUGUGCUCGUAGUAGUUCUAAUAACAAUGUCAAUGUCAAUGGUUUCAUCUCUGAGUUUUCUCUGUAUUACCGCUUCCUAAUCCAAGGGCUUUGGUGGGUGCUCCAGUUGCUUUGGAACACUGUGGUUGAUGUUUUCUUGUUCCUGGCCACUGCUUUUUUCUUCAAAGACACUCUAAGAGGCCCUCCCGGCAGUGAGCAUAAUCCUCGCCGAAUCGUUUUUCGCAUCGUUAGCCUCGAUGAUAUUAAGUUGGUCAAGAAUGCAAUGAAUUCGACUGUAAAUGACGUUGCAAUGGGAAUUACACAAGCUGGCUUAUCUCGGUACUUUAAUAAGAAAUAUGGUGAGAAUGGCAAAGACUUUCCAACAAUGAAGAUACGUCUCAGGUCAAAUUUGAUCGUUAAUGUUAGACCAUCUCCGGGAAUUCAAAGUUUGGCUGAUAUGAUGGAGAAGAAUAGCAAAGCAAAGUGGGGGAACUGGAUUGGUUAUGUGCUGCUCACCUUCACCAUUGGGUUGUAUGAUGACCCAUUAGAUUACAUUCGAAAAGCCAAGGCUACAAUUGAUCGAAAGAAACAUUCUCUUGAAGCUCUUUGCACUUUCUCAAUUUCUCGUAUCAUUUUCGCCAUUUUUGGCGUCAAGAUAACAAGCGCUCUAUUUCACAAAAUCCAUUGCAACACAACAAUGGUGUUCUCCAACGUAGUCGGACCACUUGAGAAAAUUGGUUUCUAUGGUCACCCAAUGUCAUACAUUGCUGCAACCACCUAUGGCCAACCAAAUGAAUUGAUGGUCAACUUCCAAAGUUACGUAAAUAAGAUGACUAUUGUUCUGUCUGUGGACGAAGCCACCAUUCCCGAUCCUCAUCAAUUGUGUGAUGACAUCGUUGAAUCGCUCAUACUUAUGAAAAAUGCAGUUAUCGAAAAAGGGCUCCUCAAAUAAUUAUUUAUUCUAGACUAUAUAUAAAUAUAUAUAUAUAUAUAUAUGGACUUCCUCUACGGUAGCAACUUUUUAUGUUUUUGAUACAUAAAUAAGUUGAAUCUCUAUUUUUUUUUAGUAUGAUACAUUAUAGUUAUAGAAAUCUCCUAUAAAUUUUUAACAAAUUUUGGAUAAUUUUAGGAGCUAAAUUCAGCAUUAGAACAGAUUUUUGCACUCGUGCAUAUUUCAUUUUUUAAGUAUGCGCGUGAAGAUUGUUUUAAUUCUGAUUUCAUCCCUCUAAAUUGUUUAGGAUUUUUAUAAAUUGAUUAUUGUAGAUCAUCUACAGUUACAAUGUACACCAUCAUUAAAAAAAAAUUACACUUUAUACAUGUACCGAAAACAUAAAAAAAAUUCUAUAUAUAUAUUUAUGUGGGACGCCUCUUUAUAUGUACUUACUAUUAUUU